AUGGCCUCAACACCACCAAAUAGCCAGUACCCUAGCCCUUUGUCACAGUCCCCCGAGUUCGGAGGGCCUCCAAAACGAGCGCCUAAACUGCGUGCCUCGUGCGAUCUGUGCGCUGCCGCAAAAGUCAAGUGCAGCAAAGAGCACCCGUCUUGCAUUCGCUGCACGUCCAACGGCCACGAAUGUGUGUAUGGUCCUUCCAGGAAGCACGGCAAACCAGGACGCAAGCGAAAACCAAAGCCGGAGAACAAGGCUGCUGCCAAGAGCAUCGCCAAUUGGGUCUCCUCACUCGGCAAGGAUCAGUUUCCGGAGGUCCAGCUCGCCCUGGAAAGCCUCAUGAACGGAGAGGACCAAUUCUCCUGGAACUCGAAUCCUGGGGUCCCCGCGCCCGAGCCCGAGCCUGCUAGGGAUGCUUCGUUUUCAUUAAUGGCCGACUCUCCACUCAACUGUCCGGAACCUGCCGGGUCCGUGCGCAUUGGUUCCGAUACGACCACGAAUUCCAUGAUGCACCCCUUCACCAAAAGCAAAGAAUUGCAUGGCGGCAUUUCGCUCACACCGCCGGCAUCCUUCGACUACCAGAACUUCAACGACUUCAUUGGCGGUGACGACUUGCCAUCUCUAGAUGCCUCCCUAAACACUACCGCUUUCCAAAAUCCGGGCCUGAACUCCACCCUUCUACCUGACUCACCUAUCACCGAUGACAGCGCGUAUGGCUCCUGUCGGACAAGUCUUGACAGCAGCAAUCACAACUGCUGUAGUCUUGCGUGUAAUACCAUGGAGUCGCUGAGCCACGAUUCAACAUGCUUCGGCCCUCAGUCUUCAUCAUCGAUAUUUUCUCAGCGCACUCGAUCUAGCAGCCAGACGCUCGACAGCGUUCUUCAUAACAACAAAGCCGCCAUCGCGACCGUUAGUCAACUGCUCAACUGUCCGUGCGCUCACUUGCCACACCAAGCGAUGCUGUACGCUUCAAUUGUAUUCAAAGUUCUCCACUGGUAUCAAAUCGCCAGCGGCGUCAAAGCCUCUACACCAAUGUCGACCGGAACUUUUAUGGCAUCGUCGCCCAACUUCAUGCCAACCCCCUCUCCACCCAGGAUAGGCUCAUCGGCACCAGGCAACAUUAUGUUCAUGCCAAUGACCAUUGGCGCUUUCAGUCUCGAUGAAGAAGAUCAGGAGGCAUUCAGGCAACAACUUCUCCUCAGCGAACUGCGCAAAGUGGGACAAUUGAUUGAUACAUUCGCGUCGCGUGGCAGUGAGGAAUGCGAUAGCGGCAAGCUCUACCGGUCCGUCGGGAUAUUGUUAAGGGAGGAAUGGGCGUGCACUGUCAGCGAUAUUCGAGAACGGUGACGAAUGGCGAUGAUCGGAGGACGACACGAUUUCUGUUCAAUUGACGACUACCUGAGCUUUCUAAUCUUGCGCUUACUGAACGCCUCAACGGCGCAGUAGAAGCGUUCAUGGAGGAGAGCAAUUCAAUUGCUCAAUAGACAUUUUAUUCCAAGAGAAGUUCAUGGCUUCCACCAACCACCCCCUCAAUUUUCCCAACAAUUUUGCAGAUAUAUCAUCAUACAAUCCGACAGACAUGGACUAACUGUGAUCCUCCCUGUCAUAUCGAUAGAUCAGACAUAAUUACUACGCAAUAAAAGCC